AUGGCCAAUAUUUUUGAAAACUGUUCAUAUCAUUCGCCGUAUGAACCGUAUUACUUGAAUUGCACGAAUACUACGAAUCAAUGUACACUUGUUCAGGAUGUCGAAACAAUCGAGUCAAUCAUUUUUUGGAUUGAUUUUCUAAUACCAUGCACUUUAUUCGUUGUUGCAUGCUUUCUAAAUGCAUAUUAUUUGUCAAUUUUAGUACCGGAGUUCACAGAAAUGAAUGAUAUAACGAAGAAACAGUAUAUUUUCAUGGUGAGCAGAGCAAUUUCAGCACUUACCGCAUGUGUUAUCAUGUUGGCUCUAAGAAUUCUUCAGCUAAUCACAUCAAGCUUCACUAUCUAUUUCUUGUUUUUUCUAAUUGAUGAUCUCAGCUUUUACAGCCUGCUAGGCUCGUACGUUGGCUCCGCAAUCCUUUUGUACCUCGCAACAAUACGACCCAUAUUGUACAGUAACCGAAUAUCUGUCCGAACUGUGUACAAGUUUGCAAUUGCCAAUUUGAUAACAUCAGUAGUGUUAGCGAUCACAACAGCCAUGUUUCAAGCUGCUGAUCUAUCAGAUGGACCAUUUCAAUGUGAUUUAAAACAUUGUCAACCAAUAACCAAUAUGAUAAUGUUAGUACUAAUUUUGACGUCAUUUCUCAUCCCAAUUGUCACAUUAUCAUUUGUUUUGGUGACUUUAUGUUUCUACAAAAAUCGAUCCGAAAGUAUUGGAGACUUUACAACCGAUAACUCUGUAUCUAAAUCAGCCCGGACCCGUCUUGCAUGGACACUAUUCACUUUUACAUUGAUUACUCUAACUGAAGCAAUUCCUUCGUUUUAUCUUGUUGGUACAAGUAUUGACAGUUCAAUGAUAAUAUGCUCAAAUUUCUAUAAAGCCGAUCAUUUAAUUGUACCAUUUACAAUGAAUUCAUUGAAAACCCUUGCUUGGGCAAUUGCUCUCAACGUGGAUCCUUUGUGCUCAUUGUUAUUCGAUCCCCGAAUACGAAAAGUUUGGGUACAACAUACAGAAAAGCUGAAACUAGUCAUACAGAACACUAUUUGUGGUUUCUCUAGUACAAAGAGUUCAAAAGUCUGAAAAUUUGGAAGUUUUGUGAAAUAUUAUAUUAGUUUCUUGAUCUCUGUAAAUUAUGAUUUUUUAAUAAUUAAUGUUAGGAUUUUAAUAAAACAAUUUUAAAUAAAA